CGAGCACGCCACCAUCCAAAGCCUUAUAAAGCACCUGGCUGCCGAGGUACGAGGUACAGGUACCGAGUAUGUAUCCAUAUAUGCAUACACACGAGUUGAAAUGAAAAAGUUCGAACACCUGGGAGACUGAGGCAGAAACCGAGAGGCCGAGCAUUGCUCCCCAGGAGGCACAUACUCUUGAAACACACAUUUGUGGCACAGACACGGACAUUAAGUGCAUAUGUGGUUGGGAUGCAACGAAACACGGAUGCCAAUCGGCCAGGCCAGGCCAUGCCAGGCCAACUCAGAAAGCCAGAGCCCGUAACCGACACAUUGAUCCACCGAUACCACACGGACCAAGUCGAGUGGGCGUUCUGUUGAUAUUGACUUCAUGCGACUGGACUGGACUCGACGACGUGAGUUCGCGGAUCCACAACAAACGAGUUUUAUGGUUAAAAAAAAAGAAAAAAACAGAAAUAAAAAAACAAAAUGAGUGCGAAAUGAAUGUGCGGUGCAGUCACGAUUAACGAGAAUUCAAAUGGAAGCCUAGCUGAGAGCGGAUCUGGACAAUAUGCUUUCGAAGAUUAAGAUCAUGGAGCUGGCUUUAAAUAAAUCAUCGUCCUGCGCCGACUGCUGCAGCGACUGCACCCUCAUGCCCUGCUGCUCUGCCUCUGCCUGCUGUGACGCCAACUGCGGAGCCAGCUGUGGACUAAUACCCCCCGAUCCUGUGCGAUAUGAGUACCAGGAGCCCGAGGAGAACUUUGUGUCCAUUGAUGAUGCGAAAAUCAAGGGAUUAUUGUGGAGGAUCGGACAACAACAGCAGCAGCAGAAGGAGUUGGAGCUGAAGAGGAUCCAAGAAGAGGAGCGAAAGAAAAGGGAAAUGGAACUCAAAAGGAGAGAGGAAGAGAGGCGAAGGGUUGAGGAGGUCAUAGACCUGGAUCCGGAGGAUACUCAUCAUCCUAAGGGAUUAAUAAUCAGUGCAGCCAGGAGCCUGGCUUCUUGGAACUGUUCCAUAAACAGGAUAUCACCGGACAUUGAACUAGUUCCCAGACAGGAGCAAAGGAUCGUGGCGGAAAUCGAGCUGAGUGACAGUGAACAGGAGGAGGAUCAAAAAAGCGACAAGGAUCUAGGAAGAAAUCUUCUGCCCCCAGACCAAGAUGAAAGUGAUCCAAAAAAUAGUCAAAAUCAAGAUCAAAUCAUAACACUCCAGUCUGAGGAGGAGGAUCAGGAGCCCAAGAAAAUUCUUAGAAGGCGGAAUACUUCCUCCAGGUGGUCAGCAAAGAAGAGACGUCCUUAUGUGAACCGCAGAGGACGUCCCAUGUACGAGUGUCCUGCCUGCGGCAAGAAAGUUCAGUCCAAUUACAACCUGCGACGGCACAUGAUGAUCCACACCGGUGAACGUCCUUUUCCCUGCGAUUUGUGCGAGAGACGCUUCCGGGAGUUCAGUGACUUAAAAAAGCAUCGUCGAAGGCACUCCCACGAUCCCCAGUACAUCUGUAUGAUCUGCCAUGUGGGGCAGCCUUUGGUGCAGGACUCCACCAGGUGUGCGGAUUGUGAGAGCAAGAAUCUGAUGAUCAAGCCCCAGCCAGAGGAUUUGGGAAAUAAAACGGGAGAGGAGCAGGAACUGGAAGAUGAUGACGAGGAGGAGGAUGACAUGGAGGAAGAGGACACGGAGGAGAUGGAGGAACAGCUCCCCCAACCUGUAUUACCACCAACUUUGAUGGUCACUUUAAUUCCGGCCACGAAAUCCCUGCCAGAAACAGGUUCCUCUUCCAGGCUACCGAAUCGACCACCACUUCCACCCAGUUGCAGCAGUGCCAAUUCCUCAUCAUCGUUGAGCAAUGAUGGGAAUGUAUCGACCAAGCCGAGGAAUCGGAGCCGCCGAUCCUAUCCAUGCCCGCUGUGCCAUCGUCCGUUUGGAACCCGCCACAAUCUCAAACGCCAUUAUAUGAUCCAUACGGGCGAGAAGCCCUUCAGUUGCUCCAAAUGCCGAAAGCCAUUCAGGGAGUGCUCCACUCUCAAGAAACACAUGGUCACCCACAUGCGUGAUCGGUGGUACAAGUGCCUUCGGUGUCCUUCGAAGUUUCGCGACUACCUCGAGUACUCGGAUCACAAAGAAAACCACCUGGAGCAGCUGAGGAUCAGGAAAUCCUCAACCUACGAGAGUGAUGAGGACGAGGACAGUUCGGUGGAGGAUUGGCUGGAGUGCUGCGAGUGCCAGCAGAGAUUUACGGAAUUGGAUGCCUAUACGGAGCAUUUGAAGAAGCAUGAUUUGGAGCUAUAUGGAAUGAGUGUGGAUGACGUUGAUGAGGAGCGGGAGGAUGUGGAUGUUGCCUAGAUGACAUCCUUUCUAUAUUUUAAGACAAUAGUUUAUUGCCCUCUUAAGAGUCCUUACAUUUUCGGAUAUUUAAUUAUUAUUUAUGUUUUAAAAUUAAAAAUCUAGUACUAAGAGUACUAAUUGUAUUAUUACAUUCCUUAGGAUUAGAUCCUAACCCUUAUCCCUAAAAGAUUUAAAACCACAUUCAGAACUGAACAUUGAAAUAAUUAUACGUUCUUAUACUUUUUAUUUAUAAAUAUUAUGACAUGUAUUUGUAAUAAAAAAAAUUAUAAGUAUUAAGUGCACAAGAGUCGGUGAAUUAUACACAAAAAAUUGAACCUUAAGGGGGGACCCAGCUUUUAAAAGAUUGAGCUAAAAUCGUUUU